GCAGCAUGAUGAGAAUGAGCUGUUGUUGGCUGGCUCCCGGGCUAACCGCAUUUCUCCAGCUGCUACAGCACAAUGCAAUCCAUUAAGUGUGUUGUCAUUGGAGACGGAGCAGUGGGUAAGACCUGUCUGCUCAUCAGCUACACCACCAAUGCCUUUCCCGGAGAGGAAAUUCCCUCUGUGUUCGACAACUACUCCACCAAUGUUAUGGUGGAUGGGAAGUCAGUGAACCUGGGCCUGUGGGAUACAGCAGGACAAGAAGACUACGACAGACUCCGCCCCCUUUCCUACCCAGAGACGAAUGUGUUUCUCAUCUGCUUUUCACUCGUGAUGCCUGCCUCGUAUGAAAACGUCCGUCAUAAGUGGUGCCAUGAGGUGAGACACCAUUGUCCCAACACUCCCAUAAUCCUCGUAGGCACCAAACUGGACCUGAGAGAUGACAAGGACACCCUGGAGAAGCUGAAGAAGAAUAAAAUCUCUCCAAUUACUUAUUCUCAAGGACUGGCCCUGUCCAAAGAGAUUGGUUCUGUCCAGUACCUGGAGUGCUCAUCCCUGACGCAACGUGGCGUUAAAACUGUGUUUGAUGAGGUCGUUCGGGCUGUCCUGUGCCCUUCACCCAUCAAAAAGAAGGCAAAUAAAUGCUCUGUCCUCUAAGACUUCCUUCACUGGAACUGUUACAGGGGAACGUGACUGCUACUGGUGAGGGUGGCUGAAGAAAUACAAGAAAAACAGCAGUACACAUGCACAAAAACAAUGUAUUUCUGUCCUUCCAUAACAGUUUCCAUGUUUCCAUGUAACAGUUAUACCAAUACACUGUCACUAAUACUUGGUUGUUCGAUGGGACCACUUGUUGGCUGCCCCACCCCACCAGUUACUCAGCUACCCAGUACU